AUGAAUGAUAUGAAGUUCACUUUGGAUCGAGAAGUUGUUAAUAUUAAACCUCAGAUAUCAAUUUCUUUGUCAACACGAUUCUGGCUCUUUCUUUUCUCAAACAUUUCGUCUGUUUUAUGUUCUAUUUUUGUUCUAUUUCAUCUUCUUCUUGAUCGUACAUUACGACAAGCUUUGAAUAAUCACAUUAUUAUUGUUCUUCUGUGCAUUGGAUUAAUCUACGAACUCACUACUGUUCCAUUAAUGCUUUAUUAUUUUCGUUAUUUUGAUCAAUGGAUAUUAACAUCAUCGCAUACAUUUACUCGUCUGUGGACAUUCGUCGAUUAUACCUGUUAUGCAACACAAAUUGUUGGUUUCGCUUGGGCAUCAAUUGAGCGACAUAUCCUUAUAUUUCAUCAACAAUGGAUAUCAACAAGAAGCAAAUGUUUUUUUCUUCAUUAUCUUCCAAUAGUAAUAGUUCUCAUCUAUUGUUUUGUUUACUUUCUUAUUUAUAUUUUAUUUCCAACUUGCGAAGAUAUUAUUGAUCCAUCACCAUUUAAUGGAGUUCCAAUUCCUUGUAUGUUAUCACAAUCGUUUCUUGGUAAAUGGGAUACGAUUUGUCAUCAAAUCAUUGCGACAUUUAUCAUCAUUAUUUCGAGUAGUGCACUCUUAUUUCGUAUUUUAAGACAAAAAAGUCGAUUAAAUCGUGCAAUUCAAUGGCGAAAACAACGUAAAAUGACCAUUCAAUUAUUAACAAUUUCGUUUCUCUAUUUAAUCUUUAAUUUUCCACGAACAAUCAUGCAGAUAUGUGUGUAUAGUGGAUUGCAAACAGAACUCUUAAUUAAUAUCUAUUUUAACAGUAUAUUUCUCGCUGUCUAUGUUAUAUUCUUCUUCCCUUUUGUUUGUUGUGGUGCGAUGCCUGAAUUGAACAAAAAAUUAAGAAAAAUAUUUCUCUGCCAUCGAAAAAAACUACGGAUACGACCCAUUUAG